CGGGGUCCUGCGGUUCGUGCACUGCUGUAGUCAUUAGACAGACGCGAGACACCAAACAUCACACUCGCUCAACAUUCACAUCAAUAACAGAUAAUCAAAGAUGGCGUCUAUGUUGUUGACUUCACUGAGGAGCAGCCCUUUGACAUCUGUGCAGGCUGCUCAGUUCGCUGCUCGUUCUCUCAGCACAUCUGUUCAUCUGCAAGCUCAAGCAAAGAGCAAAAAGUCUCUAGCCACACCAGGAGUGAAGAACAUCGUUCUAGUUGAUGGCGUCCGAACUCCUUUCCUCCAGUCUGGCACCAUAUACGCUAAUUUGAUGCCCCACGAUCUGGCGAGAGCUGCAUUACAAGGUCUGCUGAACAGAACCGGUCUCCCUAAAGAUGCUGUUGAUUAUAUCGUCUAUGGAACUGUUAUUCAGGAAGUGAAGACCAGUAAUGUGGCCAGAGAGGCGGCUCUUGGUGCUGGAUUCUCAGAUAAGACUCCUGCUCACACAGUGACUAUGGCGUGUAUUUCCUCCAACCAAGCGAUGACCACAGCUGUCGGUUUGAUCGCUGCCGGUCAGUGUGAUGCCGUCGUCGCCGGUGGAGUCGAGUUUAUGUCUGACGUUCCCAUUCGUCACAGCCGCAAGAUGAGGAAGACGAUGCUGUCACUCAACAAAGCAAAAACCCUCGGGGCUCGACUCUCUCUGCUGGGCUCCAUCCGCCUUUCUCACCUCGCACCUGAGCUGCCAGCUGUGGCCGAGUUCUCCACGGCCGAGACAAUGGGUCACUCCGCGGACCGUCUGGCGGCUGCAUUCGGUGUGUCGCGUUUAGAGCAGGAUGAAUUUGCUCUGCGAUCUCACAUGCUAGCAAAGAAAGCUCAAGACAGCGGGCUGCUCAGUGAUGUCAUCAGCUUUAAAGUGCCAGGGAAGGAUAUUGUGUCUAAAGACAAUGGGAUCCGUCCUUCCACCAUGGAACAAAUGGCCAAACUGAAACCCGCCUUCAUCAAGCCUCACGGCACAGUGACGGCCGCAAACUCCUCCUUCCUGACUGAUGGAGCGUCUGCAGUUUUGAUCAUGUCAGAGGAGAAAGCUCUUGCGAUGGGUUACAAGCCUAAAGCGUAUCUCAGAGAUUUUGUGUACGUGUCUCAAGACCCAAAAGACCAGCUGCUUCUCGGCUUCUUUAUCUCCUUUGAUAUAAAGAUAGAGAUUCUUAAUAGAGACAGACUAAUAAUCAGUUAA